AUGCAAAUACAUUCAAGAGAGACAAGGGACACAUUUUGGCAUACAGAAAGUGAAACUGACGAUUUUAAAACAGGCUGCCAGGAAUGCAAACUGAAGAAAAACGAGUACUUCUCACGGCCUGGGACUCCUAUCUACCAGUGUAUGGGCUGCUGCUUCUCCAGAGCUUACCCAACUCCAAUGAGGUCCAAAAAGACCAUGCUGGUUCCUAAGAACAUCACAUCUGAGGCAACAUGCUGCGUGGCGAAAGAAGUCAAGAGGAUUGUCAUGAUGGACAACAUGAAGCUGGAGAACCACACUGACUGCCACUGCAGCACCUGCUACUACCACAAGGUCUAGUCCACAAAGGACCAAACAAACUCUAACGGAUGUGCUUUACAAGUGGCGCAAAGCUUGGAGAUUCAAUUUCCACCAAAAAAGCAAAACCUUCUUAGCCUGGCUGUUUUAAAGAACCGUUAUUUUCUCUGAAUGAAGGUAAAAAAAUCUAAAAAUAAAUAUUUUUAAAAGAUUAAGCUAAAGUCUGUCUUGUGGGCAUUUUGGCCUUUUCUCCAUUAUGCAUCUGUCUAAUCAAUAUUUCCACAAUCAUUAAUAAAUGUCUGUAUGUGCUCAUUUUUGCUUCAACAAUCAGACGUUUGUUCAAAAAAUUACCAAGCUUCUCCAGAGACAUAGUGGUGAAGGAGGGGCACUCAUGUAAGUUAAAAUAAAUAAUUGUACCAGCUAAGUCACAAAAGUCUGCAUUUUCUGUUGAUUUUUAAUUAUAUUCUGAAAAUUCACUCAACUUCCUUUGUAAAUGUUGCUCUAAAUUGUGCUAAACCAAAUAAAAUUGUAUUUAAAAUAUGAAAA